UGGAAAGGUUGCUCAAAUCAGAUAGCACUGCAGGUAGUUUCAACUCGGAGCCGGUGGGGCUCAACUCUCUAAGCCCCACCCUCCCCAAAUAUGGCGGCCAACAGCACUUCCCAAAGAACCAUCAAGGGAAUUCUGAAGAACAAAUGCUCCUCGUCUUCUUCAGCGGAGGGCACCGCCCAGCAGUCCCGAGGGGCUACCCAGGGUGUUCAGAGAAAAAAAUCCCAGAAGUGGGACGAGUCAAACAUCCUGGCAACCUACCGCCCAACUUACAGAGACUACGACUUAAUGAAAGUAAAUGAACCCAGCACUCCCCACCUCAGAGUUAAAGAGACGGCGAGUGACAUAGAAUCAAAAGAAGCCACAACAUCAGAAUUUUUAACUGGGUUCAUGAAAUUAGCCACCAGUGAAAUCUGGGACUCCGAUGUUCAGAUGAAGGGGCAAGAGAGCUAUGGGGCUGACAACAGCAAUAUGCUCAAAAAACAAGAGAAGCAGCGACAGUUUGAACUGAAAAGAAAACUUCACUACAACGAAGGCCUGAACAUCAGUUUAGCCAGACAAUUAAUUUCCGAAGAUCUUCAAAGCGAGGCAAUAGAGGAUGAAAACGAAGAAAGAUUACAAGCUGAGAAUAAAGAAAGAGCUACAGGAGAAUCAAAUGAAGACCUCGCCUGUGAUGUUCAAACCCACUCAAGGGAUGCAUAGAGAACUUUUGUUCACCGCAACAAUUGUUUGUCUAAUACAAACUCUGUUACUGCAGUACACAGCUCCUUGUUCUGUAGACCUCUUGAGUCGUGUUAAAUGCUUAUCAGUUAAACAGCAAUUCAAGAUUAAAUGGUAAACUUAAAAAAUAAU